AUGGAUCCUGGUAGUAUCGCCAAUCAAAGCGAUCUCUCUGAACAAUGCCCUCAAUUAAGUUCUCAUCUUGGCUCGGCCGAAGAAUCCAGCUCAUCGGAUUUAUCUCUGGACUGUGUAACCAGAACAUCAAAUAAAAGAAAAUCUGGAGAACAUCCACUCAUUAAGCUAGACACAAACAGCUUGAUUGAUGGCCAUGAUAACAAAGAUGAACCAGAAGAUUUAGUUACCGAGAUUCAAAACGAACAACAGCAUCUGGAUGUAAAGCUCACACCGCAAUCUGUCAAGGAAACUACAUCCAUAGGGACCAACACUUCACCUGCCGUAAUAGAAAUGGUUGAUAGCAACCAUGAUGAGAAUGGCUUCGGGGGACAAAACGAAGAUCUGCUAGAAAUUCAAGAAGAACUGUCAGAGGCUAUCAGCAGUGCGGUGCGGGAAACAGACGAAGGUAAUAAUCAAGAUGUUAGCUACGAAGAACAACAUUCCAUAUCAGUAUCUGAGCCAACAAAGUCAAUUAUGCACAUCAACCGAAAUGAUACAGAAGAGGAUGGAAACCUGAUAACAACGAAGAAAAGAAAGGUGACUCCCGAUCUGGCUGUCGAAACAAAAUUUUCGAACUGUGAACAGAUGACGCCAGUAAUAAAUUCACUGGAGAGCGAGCGAACGGAUGUUUUCCAGCAUCUUCAGGAGGUGUUUCACAAAGAAUUAAAGAAUUAUGAGCAAUACAUCAACAGCAAAAAUGAGCAAUUGGAAGAAUACCGGAAGCUGGCUUCAAAAACGAACGAGAAACUCAGAGUCUUCAAUGAAUCAUUAGAUGAACAAAAACUAAAAUAUUCAAAUUUGUUAGAAGAGUUCGAAGUGUUCAAGGCUACUCAAGCAACUCGUGACUUACAAUUGAAGCAUCAAAAGUCCCAUGUUGAGAAGUUAUCGCUUGAAAAGACGAAUUUGGAAGAAAAAGCGUCCAAAUUCAAAGCACGACUAUCAGAAACUCGUAAUGAAGUUAAGAUGCUAAAUCAAAAUUCGAGAAUUCUUCAAGAAAAGUUCCAAUCUCAAAUUGAGGAAAAUGAGAGUUUAAAGAAGGAGGUCAAUGACCUCAAGCAAAAAAGCCAGCAACUGCAAUAUCGUCUCAACGAAAUAUCAAAAAAUGACACUAUGUUAAAGGAAAAGUUGGAAGAUCUGCAGAAGGAUUACACGACGCUCAAUGAGGAGAACAGGGACUUAAACGAAGAAUGCAAACAUAAGAAUGAAGAACUAUCUAGGCUACGGACGGCACUUGAGGAAAAAGAUGCGGUAGCUGCUGAACUUCAGGCGAAUAUACGAAUAUUUCAGGAUGCAAGACAGCAAUCAUCAAAAUAUUUGGAAGAACGAGUCGAGGAGCUAACAAAUGAUAAGCAAAAACUUAUAGAAGAUCUUGAUAAGAGCAAAGAAUAUGAAAACAAAUUCAAAGAAAAUGAUCAAAAGCUUAGAGGUACUCUCGACGAGAUAACGAUCCUGAACAAUAGGAUGGAUUCACUUCAAAACGAGAUAUUUAGGCUUCAAAAGGAAAAGGAUGAAGUCAAAGAGAAAUUAGAAGCGUCUCAACAAACUGUGGAAUCAGUGAACGAUCAGUUGGCUAUCAAAUCGGCGGAAGUUGUGGAGCUCACACAUGACAUAGAGGAAUUGAAACAGGCCAAGUCAUAUAUUGAGGAUUCCAUCAAAGCAAGAGAGAACACCGUAUUAGAAUGGAAAACAAAAUACGACGAGAAAUGUGAUGAAAAUAAAAGGCUCUCUGUAGAGCUUGAAAGUGUUCAAUUCAAAAACACAAAUAUAGAAGCGGAACAUCUUGCAGACUUAGAACAACUUCAUCAAGAAAUGACAUCUCUCAAAGACAACUUAAAGGUUUCUUCUGACCAGAUAAAAUCUUUAAGCGAUGAAAAGCAUAUACUAACGGAACGUAUUGUAGAGAUGACUGCUAAAGAACAGGCUCUACAGGGCCAACUAAUGGAGGUUGGGAGUUCAGCCCCAGAAGAAAACUUGCAUAAGAAGAUAGAAGAAUUGCAGCAAAAAAUACAGCAAAAUGAGGCUGAAACCAACCAGAAGUUACAACUUCUCGCAGAGGAUCUAUACAUACAGUAUUCCUCCAAACAUGAGCAAAAAGUCAAGAUGCUGAAACGCGGAUAUGAGUCAAAGUACCAAGAGAAAAUGGAAAAGCUUGAAUUAGAGAGUGCUGGCUUGAAGGAUGAGUUGGCACUGUUAAAAAAUCAAUUACAGGCUGAGAGGAAUGAGAAACAAGAGCUACUAAAGUUGUUAAAUAGCUAG